AUGCACAUCCAGAUUCUAUUUGCACUGUCUGCUGCCUUGAUGCUGGUUGUCCUGGGAGCGGGUGAAUCCUAUGCCGACUGCCUUUCCGGAAAUUAUAGGGGUUCCUGCGCCGUGUGGCACAGGAAGAAGUGUAGAGAUAUUUGCCAGAGGGAAGGACGAACCGGUGGUCACUGCAGCCCCAGUCUGAAAUGUUGGUGCGAAGGAUGCUGA